AGUAAGGAAGUAAUUGAAACAUAGAAACAGCCUUUAAGCAUUUCUGCAUGUUCACAGUCUUCAAGACGCACCACUCAGUAUGGAUUUAAGUUAGUGGAAUGUAGAGGUUUCCUCAAAAAAGUACAGUGUAUGUGAAAUACUAGAACAAAAAUCAUUUCUGAAAUGUCAUCUAGUUUUACCUUCCAGUCUACGUUGUUUGCACUUAUUAUUCUCCAGGUGCACAGUGAUGUGACAACUGUAAACGGGAUGCUGGGUAGUUAUGUUACACUGCAUCAUGAGUAUCCUGACUUGGAACACCCUGUUCACAUCACUCGGAACAAGGGAAGGACUUUGUUAAGUAGCUGGACACAUCAUACCAGGGCCACCGAAGGGAUGCACACUGUCAGAGGAACUGUAGAUGACUGUGUUAUGCUUGAUCUGCACAAUUUCACAAACAGGCGUAUUCAUGUUACCUGGAAGAAAGGCAAUAAGCAAGUGGCCAAGAUGAAAGGUUACCUUGUAUGGGGCUCUGGAACAUACAGGGAGAGAUUUCGUGCAUUCCCCAAUGGCAGCUUGAGUGUUUGCCCCAUGCAGCCAGGGGAUGAGGGCCAGUACACAGCAGAAGUGUUUGAUUAUGAUGGGGCAGGUUUGGGCCAUCAAAAAAUUCAACUAGAGCAUAGCGGAAAUAAAACAGCACCUGUUCAAGAAGUAACAGGAAUUGUCGGCGGCUCCGUGCUCCUACCUCUAGCAGUGAAGGAUUGGAAUGGCUUGGUCCAGAUAAUGUGGAAGAAAGACAGCUUGUUGGUUGCUGAGUUAAAUUACUCCCAGUCGGAGUCCAGUGCGGGAAACACCUACAGAUCUCAGAUCCUAUCUGAUGGCACGCUCAGACUUGACAGGCUUCAGGAAAGUGAUUGUGGACGGUAUUCAGUGGAAGUGCGAAACAGAGAUGGGAAGAUUAUAUACCAGAGAAUGAUUGAUGUGAAAGUGGAACAAGAGACGGUGGCCUCACCAGUUAACCCGUAUUUACUGUUAUUCACCAUAGUGGGAGUGCAUGUUGCUGUAUUCAUUGUUGUGUUGGGUUCACUAAUAUGGCAUUUUAGAAAGUGCAAACACAGAACAGGUCGCAUGACAAACCUAAGCUUCCGGCAUGUGACUUUGGGCCGAAGCGGCUAUGACGAGGACCUUGUAGAAUGUGGAGAGGGAGACAGGAGCAGCCCUGACCAAGAGAAUGGAAAUCCAGCUUCACAGGAACCAGGGGCCGCAAACUCCACUAAGCAAGAGAAUGAAGCUUUCAUUAAGGAGACUAAAGGGGCAACAGCUGCAAGCUUUUACACUGAGCAACCUCUGUCUUUAAAUAUCUCCACUUUUCAAGGUAAGCAGAGACAAAAACAAACACAAACCCCAAACCACAUUUCAAACAGGAAAGCAGAGUAUUUAACCUAACUAAAGAGUUUCCUGUGACACUAAGAUCCAGGGCUCUCUUCGAUGCGAUUGCAGCGUAACUGUAAUGAGCUCUAUUUCAAGUCUUGCGGGAGGCAGAAGCUGCAGAUCGUGCGGUGCUGCAGGACGCAGUGCAUAGUCUAUGCUCCAGGUGACUAUAUUUGGAUAACACACACACAUGCUGCGUACAGUUGCUCCAAAAUUAAUGAUACCACAAGCCAAGGGUCUU